GAUACACUAGUGUUCGUAUUGCUAAUACGUCUAUAUAAGGGAACGCAAAUUUUCCAGUCACAGUUAUAUUAUAACAAUGGAAAGAGAAAUAGUUCAAGAUAUUGUGAUUGUGGGAGCUGGAAUUGCUGGCGUCACAACAUCGUUAGGACUUUACAGGUUGGGUAUUCGAAGUUUGGUGUUGGAAUCUUCGGAUAGCUUGAGAGUCACUGGCUUUUCUCUUUCCAUAUGGCAAAAUGCUUGGAAGGCUUUGGAUGCCGUUGGUGUUGGAGACAAACUUCGCCACCACCAUCGACCACUCAAUGGGAUUGUCACCACUUCAUUGGUUACUGGGAAACAGAUAGCAGCCAUGCCUUUCAAACCAACAGAAAACCAAGAAGGUAUUGAAAUUCGUUGUGUUCAAAGGACAAAAGUGUUGGAAGUCCUUGUGAAUGAGCUUCCAAAGGAAACCAUCAGAUAUUCCUCAAAAGUUGUUAGUAUCGAGGAAUCUGGCUUCUAUAAGAUACUCCAUCUUGCUGACGGGACAACCAUCAAAACCAAGGUGUUGAUUGGGUGUGAUGGAGUGAACUCUCUGGUGGCAAAGUGGCUAGGCUUCAAGGAGCCUUCUUUUACUGGGAGAUUUGCAAUCAGGGGUUUUGCACAGUUUGAGACCAACCAUGGAUUGGAGCUGAGGUUCAUGCAGUUUUUUGGCAAUGGUGUUCGAGUUGGUGUUGUUCCUUGUAAUGAAAAACAGGUCCACUGGUUUUUCACUUGUGUACCCUCCAGCCAAGAGCUAAAGGAGCUGAAAGCGGAUCGUGCUAAAUUGAAACCAUUUGUGUUAAAAAAUCUUGAGAACAUGCCUAGUGCUGUUAGAGCCUGCAUAGAAAUAACUGAUCCAGAUGGUUUUCUAUCAUAUCCAUUACGAUAUAGACAAGCCUGGGAUCUGAUGAUGGGGAAUAUUAGUAAGGGCAAUGUUUGUGUUGGUGGAGAUGCUCUGCACCCGAUGACUCCUGAUCUUGGGCAGGGAGCGUGUUGUGCUUUGGAGGAUGGGAUUGUUUUGGCAAGAUGCUUAGCUGAGGCAUUUUCGAAAGAGAAAGAGGAAGAAGAGGUGCAAAAUAAGAAGAUUGAGGAAAGCUUGAAGAAAUAUGCAAAGGAAAGAAGAUGGAGAGCCGUUGAUGUUACUACCACAGCUUACAUGUUGGGUUCCAUUCAGCAGGCUGAGUCCAAAUUGGUUACCUUUUUGAGGGAAAACAUCUUGCCUACGUUCCUGGCUGCUCAAUACCUUAAGAAGUCAGGUUAUGAUUGUGGAAAGUUAAACGGUUCCUAGACUACACAAUCGUUUUGUAAAAUGAUUGGUGAGGUUAUCAUUGUGGAAAAUUAAAUAGUUCCUCACCGACACAAUUAUUUCGUAAAAUGAUUGGGAGCGGAACUUAAUAUCCUAAAUCAUGUAAUAUGUUUGAAAAAUAAAUGUUGUAAUAUGUAUGUGUGUUUGUAUGGCUUCAAUAAGCUAUAAGUUGCUUUCUAAUAAAUUUUUAUAAUAAAUUUAUAUUUUCUAA